ACACACGCUGCAGCGCCACACACACACUCACACACACAUCAUUUCCAGUGGAGACUGGCACAGAGACGCAGCGCCACGACCACUCCGGCAUGUUUGUUUAGUACGGACUGCUGAAACUUCUGCGCACAGAGAGGCGGAUAGAUUCAUCCAGCUCGUCCCAGAUAGUGGAAUAAAUUGACGCUUUUUUUCUCCUCCUUUUUUCUCCUCCUCCUCCUCCUCCUCCUCCUCCUCUGGUUUCGUGUUACAAAGCCUUGGGAGGGAGUUGCGCGGAGAGCCAGUUCCUCUGUGUAGAAACUGAAUGACAGUAUCGUAUGGCUUGAUUUGCCCUGUAGUCCAGCCAUUUAAAAAAUACAGAGGAAAUAAGAAAAGAGAAGAGAGAAACCGUGGGCGAAUUCAUCUGAAAUUGAUGAAGAUGUGGAAUAAUUUAUAACUCCAAUUCAGAAACAAAUCCGAGAUAACGGAGAAAGAAGAGACGGGGAGAAAAGGAUUCUGGAUCUGUCGUCAGAGGGAGACGGAGAGGAAAGCGCAGGACGCGUUGCCUGUAAUCAUCACCACCAUCACCGUAAUAAUAAGCCCAAUGUGACCUUCAUCUGAGUCAAGUGUGUCUAUUCAACAUUCACGAAGACGAGAGAGGGAAAAAAAAACAACCUGAAAGGAGGAUUAAGAAGAAGGCACACAGACGCGCGAGGGAGGAGAAGAAAAACAAGCUGCCAGGAGUCGGGCUGCUCUCUCGAGUCCCUCUGAUCAACUGAUUGAUCCCUCCAUCCAUCACUCACCGCCAGUUUCGACAAAUGGGAGCUGAUAUGGGAGCCAUGGGCGGGACAAAGGUCUUGCUCCUGGUGUUUCUGGUUGGAUGGGAGAAGUCGUUGGGUCUCAACUGGAACCCCGUCCCACGCAAGACAGUUCGAUACCAGGAUGUGUUGGACAGCAUGGCGAGGUUCAGCAUUCAGGGAGUAUUCAACUACAGCAUGCUGACUCUGUCCGACCAUGAGAGGGUUUUGUACGUUGGAGCACGGGAGGUGUUGUUCGCCCUGGACCCCAACGACAUUAGCAGACAACUACGGCCUCAGAUCGACUGGCCGGCUCCGCAGGAUAAGAAGAGAGAGUGCGUUGCCAAGGGGAAGAACAACCAGACCGAGUGCUUCAAUUACAUCCGUUUCCUGCAGAGCUACAACCACACACACCUCUACACCUGUGGCACCUACGCCUUCCAGCCCAAAUGCACCUACGUGAACUCGGAUUAUUUUACCCUCAACACUGCAGCCCUGGAAGAUGGCAAGGGUAAAUGCCCAUAUGACCCUGCCAAGGGGCAUACUGGCCUGAUAGUGGAUAAGGAGCUGUACUCAGCAACGCUCAACAACUUCCUGGGUACAGAGCCAGUCAUUCUGAGGAACCUGGGCCUACAGCACUACAGCAUGAAGAGUGAAUACUUGCCUGCCUGGCUCAAUGAGCCGGACUUUGUGGGCUCAGCCCUGGUGAGGGAGAGCAGUGGCAGUAAAGACGGGGACGACGACAAGAUCUACUUCUUCUUCAGCGAGCGAGCAGUAGAGCUGGACUGUGACACUGAGCUCACUGUGGCCAGAGUGGCCCGAGUCUGCAAGGGGGAUCUGGGUGGUACCAGGACCCUGCAGAAGAAAUGGACCACUUUCCAGAAGGCCCGUCUGGAGUGCUCCCUCCCAGAGCGCCACGUAUACUUCAACAACCUGAGGGCUGUCUUCACGUUGCCAGGCCCAGACUGGCGGGGGACCACCUUCUACGGCAUCUUCCAUGCCCAGUGGGGUGAUGUGGACGUGUCGGCAGUGUGCCAGUACCCAAUUGCUGAGGUGAAGAAGGUGUUUGAAGGAUACUACAAAGAGUACAGGGAGGCAUCUCAAAGGUGGGGGCGUUACACCGGCGCUGUCCCUGUUCCACGGCCUGGAUCGUGUAUAACUAACUCAGACAGGGAGAGUGGCUACAACAGCUCCCUGCAGCUGCCUGACGCCACACUCAACUUUGCCAAGAAGCACCCGCUGAUGGAGGGCAAAGCUCUGGCUCGCCCCCUGCUGCUCACCAAGGGUGUCAACUUCACAAGGCUGGCCGUGGAUCGGGUUAAAGGCUUGGACCCGCGGGAAUACAACAUGCUCUUUAUUGGCACAGCGGAGGGCUGGCUGCAGAGAGUGGUGAUCCUGGGCACCGAGGCCCACGUGAUAGAGGAGAUCCAGCUGUUUGAGACACCCCAGCCAGUGGACAGCCUGACUAUCUCCCACUCCAAGAAGUACUUGUACAUCGGCUCUCGUUCGGAGGUUCUCCAGCUGCCUUUGGCCAACUGCAGCCGCUAUCAGUCUCAGCCAGAUUGUCUGCUCGCCAGGGAUCCUUACUGCGCUUGGGACAGCGAGGGUCGGGCCUGCGUCCGCAUCGACCUCCAUCGCGGGUCCACCUCCUCCCUGUCACAGGACCUCAUGCUGGAAAGGUUCAGCCGGGGAAAAGCCAAGUUCGAUAAGCCCGUCUCCAUCCCCAGCCCUGGUGAGUACAAGGCCAAAUCUCAGUAGUGGCCCCUUGUGGGAAUUGACUGUCGGUGCAGGAGCAAGUCAGCAGCAAGGAAAGAGAAUAGACUUGGACUGAGUGAAUACAUUUGGACUGAGCUGAAUAAAUUGAAUUAAGCAGAACACAUAAUGUUCCGGUAACAUUCCCAGAAUGUUCCCUACAAGUUUUCUACUGAACGUUCCCUAAAGAACAUUUUAAGAAUGUUGUAUAAAUGUUUGUGUUUAAUGUAACAUUCACAAAACAUUCUAAUAACCAGAUGAAAUAACUUAUUUUUUAAAGUAACCUUUAGAAUGUUCCCCUAAGGUUCCCAUUUAGUUGCACUUUGGGUAACCUUCCCACAACGUUCCAAGAAAGUUCUACAUAUAAUGUAACAUUCCUAAAACGUUCUAAUAACCAGAUGCCUGUAACGUUUUUUUGGAGUAAUUUUUAGAAUGUUCCCCUAAGGUUCUUGUUUGGUUGCAUUUUGGGUAACCUUCCCACAAUGUUCUAAGAAAGUUCUACACAUAUUUGGUUUUUGAUGUAACAUUCAUAAAACAUUCUAAUAACCAGAUGCUUGUAACGUUUUUUGAGAGUAAUUUUAUAAUGUUCCCCUGAGGUUCCCAUUUGGUUGAAUUCUGGAUAGUUCUAAAAACGUUGCACAAAUGAUUUGUGUGUGUGAAUUUUAUAAUGUUCUCCUGAGAUCCCCAUUGAUUGAUUGAUUGAUUCGUAUUUAUUGACUCUGUCAGGAGAAAUUCAUCAUGGGCAUCCAAGAGAGGUCAGGCAUACACAGAAUAACUCCAAAUGACAUAAACUGCAGGGUCACCCAAAAACUAAUCAUAUUUACAAUUGCCUCCAACUGAACACCACAAAGAUAAAGGAAAUGAUAGUGGAUUUCCAAAAGUCCAAGCUCCUGGACCAGCCAGUGAACAUCCGUGGGGUGGACAUUGAGGUAAUGCUAACCUACAAAUAUCUGGGAGUUCACCUGGACAACAAGUUGUACUUGUCCCCUAACAUAGAUACACUCUACAGAAAGGGACAGAGCAGCUCUUUUUCUUAUGGAGGCUCAGAUCCAGACAUCUGCAAAAAUAUGCUGCAGAUGUUUUUACCAAUCUGUAGUGGCAAGUGUACUGUUCUAUGCUGCCGUCUGCUAGGAAGGCAACAUAAAACAGAAAGAUGAACGACAGCUUGACAGACUGGUGAAAAGAGCUGGCUUUGUGAUAGGAAUCAGAUUAGACUCAUUGGAGGCUGUGGUGAAGCAAUGCACACACAAUGGAAGUUAGAAACCAUC